AUGAGUAACCCCAUCCCAUCUCGCAACAAAUACCACCUAGACAUCCUCUCACCACUCGCCCUUUCCCAGUGUUGGCCGACCAAACUGCCGCUAUCUAAAAGAAUGACCAGACCACCGCUGCCUCUUUCCACGGCUACUUAUGUUGAAUACACCCCCAACACAAAAGGUGACAACGGUACCCUUGGUACUGUCAUCACAAAUCCCCUGAACAUUCACCGCACGUAUUCUAGUGUGCUCGACCAAGAGACAGAUGACCUACUCUUGCGAAAUGGAUCUUGCACAAUGGAGAAAGAGCAAGGCGAGCAAAAGAGCGGUGGUGAAGAAGCUGUGCUGCAUUUUUAA